AUGGAUCUUAAUUUUUGUGCCGCACAUGUUAAUGUAAGGUCCUUGCUGGCCAAUUUUGACUCUUUUCUAAGUCAAUUAUUGAGUAACAAUUAUGAUAUCGUUGGUGUAUCUGAAACGUGGCUGGGUGCGGGGGUUGAUCAGAUGGUAGGCAUUCCGAAUUAUAAUUUUCUGCAUCACAAUCAUCUGGACAGGCGCGGAGGCGGUGUGGGAGUGUACGUUAAAAAUAAUUUAAGGUGUGAAGUUUUGGCCUCUGCUUGUCUUGAGCAUAUUGAAUACAUAUGGGUUAAAGUACUGUUAAAUAAUCGAACCUUUAUGGUGGGUACUGUUUACAGGCCACCUAAUACUAACGUAUCACAAUUUUUUAAUACCCUUGAGGAAUCCUUGUUUAAUAUAUACUCAGACUAUGAUAACUUAAUAUGCUUUGGUGACUUCAAUAUCAAUAUGCUUAAUUUAGAUACUGAUCUUGGAACUAGAUUAACUUCUGUGUUUUCUACUUUCAAUAUAGACCAAUAUGAACAAGAACCUACCCGCAUUGCAUUAAAUUCUAUGUCGCUCUUAGAUUUAAUAUUUACCAACGUAAAAAACGUGUCUGAUGUAAGGGUUGUCGACAAUAACAUCGCUGAUCACUUUUUAACAUACAUAAAAUUCAGUCUAGACUUACCAGAUAAUGAACCUGAGUUUAAGAGGGAUCUACUAGAUUUACCGUUAAAUAACUUACUUUAUUUUUGUGACAUUGAACAAAAGCUAAACCUCCUAAAUACUUGCAUAUUGGAACUAUUUAAUAAGCACGCGCCGUUAAAACGCUUUAGAAAGAAUGAAAACUAUAACUAUGCGCCUUGGAUUACAGAAAACAUAAGACUGCUACAAAAGCUGAGAAAUAAAGCGCUAAAAAAAUUUAAACUGACUAAACAGCACAUUACGAACAAUGUCGAUCAAAUUAAUAAUUUCUUUAUAAACAGUGUGGAAAAUAAUGAUAGCCCCAAUCAAGAACUGCUGAAUUUUUAUUAUAAUAAUAGGUUAAAUGACAGAACGGAUCACUAUGACUUUGUAUUGUCCACGGAAGAUGAGAUUCUCAACAUUCUGAAAAAUAUAACAUCUAAAGCUACGGGCCAUGAUGAUAUAAAUAUAUCAUUAAUACUUCUUUGCUGUCCAUAUAUUGCCCCAUACAUUACGCAUAUAAUAAAUGAGUGUAUCUUAAAUUCGUACUUUCCGUCAACAUGGAAGCGGGCACCAGUCAUCCCCAUACCGAAAAUAAACAAUCCAAGCGAAUUUAGUCACCUGCGGUCAAUUAGCAUAUUGCCUGUUCUAUCUAAAGUACUUGAAAGAAUUAUGAACGAUCAAAUGGUAAACUUUUUAAAUUCUAAUCAUAUUCUACCAGAGAAACAGUCUGGUUUUAGACCGAAUCACAGUUGUGAGUGUGCCAUGCUGGACAUUACUGAUGACAUUUUUAGAGCGACUGACGAUGGAAAGAUAACGGUUUUAAUAUUGUUGGAUUUCAAUAAGACAUUUGAUAUGAUAAAUCAUUCAAUUCUCUUGGCCAUUCUCCAUUACGUUGGUUUCCCGAAGGUGCUCAAAAGAUUCCGUGUUCCUUUUUGUCAGGUCGGACACAACGGGUUGUCUACAAUCAGCAGCAGUCAUCGUUCCUAG